AUGUUCCACGCUUCCCUAGAUGCCUCCAAUUACAAGCCCUGGUCGGCUGAUCGCAGAACCGAGCCCCUAGGCCAAGACGUUCCUCUACCGCCCCCGUCAGUCCAUCGUUCUCGGGCUGUCCUCCCGCCUCGUCUGAAUGGUGGAAAAUCCCAUGGACAAUUCACCGUCCGUCUUGGUAUUCGUUGCGGCUCGAUUUCUUGGGGUUUUUUUUUUCUUACCAGAGCGAAGAGAUGCAGAGAGAGAGGCACAGCUAGCUCCGACUUGAUGGAUGGGCGGCGGGCGAACAAGGCCAGACUAAGAGACGGGACAGGGGUGGUUCUUUGGGUUUGUACCAGAACACACGUACAGGAGCGCACCGCGACCAAAGCCCACCACCACCACCCCUGGACGGAGGAGCAUGUACUCCUCUCACACACGCAGUACUGUCGCGGAACCUCCAAUCUGAUGUGGAUGGCAAAAUUUCUGACUAGUUUAGCUAUGAGGGGUCCCCGGUUACACUGGGGAAGAGGAGCCCUUUGGAUCAGCAAGGGCAAAAAAGGAAAACCACCGCGCCUGGAGUUCUGGAUAUAUCAAGGUGGCCAUCUCGCCCUCCUCAUCACCAUCGCUCCCUUCUCUCUUCGUCGCCUCGUCCUUCCACCGCCUUUCACAACCCUUACACCCCCUCUCUCUUCGCCAUCUCAUCGGCUUUGA